UCUUAGAAUUUUGGUGAAUUUCUCAGAUCUCGCAAUUGAGUUGCUAAAGGAUCUUCCAGAGUUAGCUAUGGCUUGUGACAAAAAUCAAGAUACGGCCUUGCAUAUUUUGGCUCGACAGCCUUCAUCAUUUGCCGGCAGAAAUGGAGGACUAUCGAAGCCGCUUAUCACCUCAAUCCCAGGAAGGAAGUUCAAUCACAACACGGAUUCGACAUCAACUCAAGCUCUUGAAUUAGUAGGAUGUCUUUGGGACAUAUUAACAGAACAAGGUGACUUGGAGCACACAGACCUAAGAUUCGUGCUCGAUGCAGCUAGACUCGGAAACUUUGAAUUCUUGAAUGAGCUCAUUCCCCGUUAUCCAGAUUUGAUUCAUGAAAUUGAUGAGAAUAAUCAUAGCAUAUUUCACAUUGCAGUUAUGCAUCGUCAUGCUAAUAUAUUCAAUCUAAUAUUUGAGAUAGGUUUCACUAAGGAUGUAAUGGCGACUUUUGAAGAUAAUGACGGCAAUAAUAUAUUGCAUUUAGCUGCAAAACUUCCGCAUCCGAAUCGAGUCAAUAUUGUAUCAGGUGCAGCUCUGCAAAUGCAAAGAGAACUAUUAUGGUUUAAGGAGGUUGAGAAGGUGGUGCAACCUUCAUUUAGAGAAAAGAAAAAUAAAAAUGGCCAAACACCUCAAGAAUUAUUCACCCAGGAGCAUAAAGAGUUAUUAAGCAAUGGGGAAUCAUGGAUGAAGAAUACAACAAGCUCAUGUAUCCUCGUCGCAACCAUCAUCGCGACUGUAAUUUUUGCAACGGUAUUUAGCGUACCAGGUGGCAAUGAUAAUAAUCGAGGAAGAGAUACUUUAUUUCAUAUUUUCGUCAUAUCAGAUGCAAUAGCAUUAUCUUCAUCUUCCUUCUCGAUACUAAUGUUUUUGUCUAUCCUUAGCUCGCAGAAUACAGAAGACGAUUUUCUCAGAUCCUUACCAUUUAAGUUGAUUGUUGGGCUCUUAUCUCUCUUUAUUUCAAUAAUAACCAUGAUGAUAGCUUUUACCACAACCAUCUUCUUAGCUUAUUAGGAUAGAUUAAAUUGGGUCACCAUACAUAUAGUUCUACUAGCAUCUGUGCCAACCACCAUUUUUGCUCUGCUACGUUGUCCCCUGUUAAGAGAAAUAUCAUAUUCAACAUACCGUUCAAGGUUUCUGUUCAAGUCAAGUACUACUAUGCUUUAAUUUGCUAGAAUUAUUGAAGUUGGUUGUAUUGUAAUAUGUAAAUUGAUGUUAAUUAAGCCUUUCAAUUCAGUUAUGCACCAUAUUCAUAUUCCUCUUAUUUGCGCACAAUUUCCUGGUA